ACAGCUAGUUACCGUGGUUCAGCCGUGGUGGAGGCUGCCGCGAUGCCUAGUCGCUCUUCGACGGUGUAAAAAAAAUGUGUGACGUUAUAGUGAGAGCGAGCUAACAUUAGCCGAAGACAUACUAGCUUGGGUGAAACGCGGCUAUUAAAAAUGGCGGUCAAACAGGAGGAUCGAUGGCGGAAUCGUAGGGGUGCGGGAUGCUUGAUGAAAAUGGCGAAAAAGAGGGCACCGAUACUGUCAUGGCUUCCGAAAUACAAUUCGGAAAAAUUGUUGAGCGACUGCAUCGCCGGUGUGACGGUGGGCCUGACGGUCAUACCGCAGGGUCUCGCCUACGCUACACUGGCGGGUCUCGAGCCACAGUACGGACUGUACUCCGCUUUCAUAGGGGCGAUGGUCUACGUCGUUUUCGGCUCCUGCAAGGACAUCACCAUCGGCCCGACCGCCCUGAUGGCCCUCAUGACGAACCAGUACGUCAAAGGCAGGAGUGUCGAUUUUGCCGUUCUCCUGGCCUUUCUGUCCGGAUGUUUACAGCUCCUGAUGGCCUGUCUGCGCCUCGGUGUCCUUGUGGACUUCAUUUCGGUGCCGGUGACCGUGGGUUUCACUUCGGCAACCUCGGUGAUAAUCGCAGCUUCGCAACUGCCGAGUUUGCUGGGACUGAAACUCAAGUCAUCCGGGUUUCUGGAUACUUGUACGAAAGUCUUCUGGAACAUCGGUCAGACGCGGCUCUGGGAUGCCGGGAUGAGUAUCUCCUGCAUAGUGGUUCUCCUCCUCUUGAGGAAAUUGAAAGAUAUAAGACUGACGAGAGGCGGCGAGAAACCAACUAAACGGCAAGAGGUUCUCGCGAGAAUAAUGUGGCUCGUUUCGACGUCGCGAAACGCCAUCGUGGUCAUAGUGUGUUCGGUGAUAGCGUACAAAAUGGAGACCUCUGGUUCCGGUUCACCGUUCCGACUUACCGGUCCGGUCCGUUCUGGUCUACCGGAGUUUUCCCUGCCGCCGUUCUCGACUCAGGUUGGGAACCGGACACUAACCUUCCUCGAAAUGUGUUCGGAACUCGGCUCCGGGAUCGUCCUCGUACCCAUAAUCGCCGUCCUUGGUAACGUCGCGAUAGCCAAGGCCUUCGCCAGUGGUGACAACAUCGACGCGACGCAAGAACUGUUCACCCUUGGACUCUGCAACGUCUUCGGGUCCUUCGCCAGCUCCAUGCCGGUAACAGGUUCCUUCAGCAGAUCGGCGGUGAAUCACGCGAGCGGAGUGAAGACUCCGAUGGGCGGAAUUUACACCGGAGUCCUGAUCCUGUCGGCGCUUAGUCUGCUCACGCCGUAUUUUUACUUUAUACCGAAAGCUUCUUUAGCUGCGGUCAUUAUUUGCGCUGUGAUAUUCAUGAUCGAGUACGAAGUUGUCAAACCGAUGUGGAAGUCUAGCAAGAAGGACCUCGUACCAACGUUCGUUACUUUCUUGGUAUGCCUCGUUGUCGGAGUCGAGUAUGGUAUUCUGGUCGGUGUUGGAAUCAAUCUGAUGUUCCUCCUCUAUCCCUCGGCUCGGCCCACCAUAAACGUCGAAAAGUGUGUCACGGAUUCUGGUGCGGAAUAUCUUCUGGUAACACCAGGCAACAGUUUGUACUUUCCCGCGGUCGACUUUAUCAGACAAUCAGUUGGUCGUGCCGCAAGACGAGAAGGUUGCAGUCAGCUGCCCGUUGUCAUCGAUUGUCGGUUCGUCCUCGGAGCCGAUUUCACCGCGGCAAAGGGAAUAGCUGCGUUAAUAAAUGAGCUUAACAACCGCAAACAAGGAAUAUAUUUCUAUAAUCCAAGAGCUGACGUUGUUGCCGUUUUGAAAGGCGCCUGCGGCGAAGAUUUCCAACACGUUUCUACCCAGGAGGAACUUGCCUACCUCCUCUAUUCUAAUCCAGACAAAUCAAGACAGCUCUUGGAAGUGAAGCAUGAAGAAUCUCAACCUCUGUCAGGGCUAAAUUCGGGACUUGUACACAGAAGUCAAUCGUCCCACGAACUGAACGAGGUUACAAGUACACUGCUCAACGCCAGCGUGGCUUGAGAUAGAAAAAGAGACGGCUGUAAUCCGUAUUUAUUAUUUAAUUAAGAAUGUUCGUCACCCUGGGAGAAAAAAAAACACAAACAGGCAGAUGUUAUGAUUUCAGUGACAAAUACAAAGUACAGUUUGAAACAAAACCUCGCUGUGUUUAUAUCUCUUUAGUGUUUUAACCUCGUAAUUGUAAUUGUAAUUGUAAUUGCAUGGAAGACGUGUAUGUAAUUCUAAUUUGUUUGAUAAAAAUUUUUGCAUUUUAUUCCGUAGAAGAUGAGAAUCAAGACUGGAUUAAUACGAAACACAGAUGUAUCAAAAGUGUAAAUGUAUGCCUUGAAACUGUAACAUUUGAAGCUGAUAUUAUUUCAUCUAUAUAGCAAAAAUUAUUAUCAAUUUUUACCUGACGACAAAGUUUAAUGUCUGUACGAUGUAGUGGGUCGUGGAUUUACGUGCGUUUUUCACAUGUAGACAUAGAAAUAUAAUUUGCACCGGGAAAGCGGGCUAAGCUGACGAUUCUAGACUUUCGAUGUUUUUUCUCCCCUCCUAAACUCCAGCUCGUAAUAAAAAAAAAAUGAUUUUUAGUAACAAAAAGAUCGAGGUUUAUUUAAUUUCACAAAUUCGCGCUAUGCACAAAUUUAUGCACGAAGAGAAAAAAAAAAGAAGAAACAAAUAGAAUAUUAACCUCGUCCUCUUGCCCCGCAGUUCUACUCGAGUCUAGUUAUUAAUGUGUACAAUUUUGACAGAAUUCACUGAUCAGUGAAUUCGCGAACUCUUUUUGAUAUCACAAAUUUUUAAUGGAUAUUUUAUCCUAUGCGGUAUGAGUAACAUGAGUAUUUACUUAAAUUUGACAUUUACCGUAGAACCUUAAGAGAAAUUUUUCUUACCUGUAUAAAUGAUAUAAGUUUAGUAGUUUCUUAUACCUGUGAGUAUUUUUACACUGUAAGUACUUAUAACUAAUAAAUACAAAAAUAGCUAAUUAUAAUAAUAAUAUGUUCUUUUCAAGAAUCAACAAGUCGUAUUAAAUACGUCACACAUAAUUUGUGGGAAGCUUUAUAAACAGCCAUCCCGCAUUUGUUCUCUUCCAAAUCAUGUCUCCUUGAAUUAGUGAUUGGUGUGUAGAAAAACUUUAACAACAUACUUACACAUGUAGGUGAAAAUAAUCCCCCACGAUAAUUAUUAUACACCGGAAUAAAAUAUAGACUAUAUAAAAAGAAUUUUCUUGUU